GGACUUUGGAAGUGGCAACAGGGAGCAGAGGAAGGGCCCCUACAGCUUCUGAGCAGGCCACCAAAGCCAAUUGGGGCUUAAGCUCCCCAACAGCAGAGAGGAUUUUGCUGGCAAGCUUGUGAUGGAGCCCUGGGCUCCUGCCCAGACGCCCCAGCCCUGGGAGAGGCCGGCAGCACGGGGCUCGUGGGCAGAGGGGCAGCACGGCCCCCCGGCACCGCUCCGGCGGCACCUCCUGCAGUCGGGGCAGGCUCCUCGGCCCGGCUCCUGGCACGGGAGACACCUCCCUGGUCACCCCUGGGACGAGGGCCACCACCCCCGCAGUGACAGCAGCUACCCCAGCCAGCCCCGCUCCAGGCAGGGCUAUGAAGACCCCCACUGGCAGUAUCCUGCAGCUGGCAGCAGGGAUGGAUACCCCUACCAAAGCCACCAGUGGCAGCCGGUGGCGUGGCAGGAUGACAGAGACCUGAGACAGAGAGAGUCUUAUGGCAAGAGUUACCAGGACCAGCACUACUACAGGGGCUACCACCCCAACCUGGCCACGGGCCCCCCAGGGCAGGACAGGACACAGACCUACAACUCCUAUGAGGACAGCUACACCUCGACUGCCAGGAGGGAAGGGACAAGGGAAGAAAUCCUCAGCAGUGAUUCAGGGGAGGCUGGUGGCCAGCCCAAAGAGCCCUCGGGCCAGCCCAGCCUGCUCCUGCAGUACCAAGAGUCAGGACUCAGCUCCAGCAGCCAUGAGCUCAGCCUGUACAUCCGUGAUGGUGCUGACCACGAUGACCCUGUGCUUCCAGGGUCCUGGGACAUGGGACAAACAGAGGGGUCCUCGGUGUCCACCCCAGCCCCAGCAGUCCCUCUCAAGUUCCCACAGCUGCACAUGGCGCUGUGCUUUGGAGCUGGGGGUCACCUGGUGCUGGCGUGUCCCCACCACCCUGCUGAGGGACAGCUGCCCCGUGUCGAGCUGCACAGCCUGGAGGCAAUCCUUCAUGGCACAGAAGAGCUAGAGGAGCUGCAAGCCUUCCCCGGGCCCCUGGCCAGGGAAGACCUGCACAAGGUGGAUGUGAUGACAUUUUGCCAGCAGAAGAUAACCACAGGCUGUGAUCUCUCAACACAGAGGGGCAGAGAUUCCUCUCUCCUCUGGAAACUCCUGGUCCUCCUCUGCCGGCAGAAUGGGUCCAUGGUGGGCUCGGACACGGCCGAGCUGCUGAUGCAGGACUGCAGGCGCCAGGACAAGUACAAGAGGCAGGAGCCCGUGCCCAGCCUGGUGGGCCUGGUGGACGACGAGUGGGCGUCGCGCCAGCCGGGCGCGCUGGACCUCAUCACCGGCGAGGUCCCGCCCGUCGUGGAGACGCAGGCACAGAUAGUGGAGAAGUUCACCAAGCUCCUCUACUAUGGCAGGAAGAAAGAUGCUCUGGUCUGGGCCAUGAGAAACCAGCUGUGGGGCCAUGCCCUAUUCCUCUCUAGCAAGAUGGACCCUCGGACGUACAGCUGGGUCCUCACCGGGUUCACCAGUACACUGGCCACCAACGACCCACUGCAGACCCUCUUCCAGCUGAUGUCGGGAAGGAUCCCUCAGGCAGCUCUGUGCUGCGGGGAUGCCACGUGGGGGGACUGGAGGCCCCACCUGGCUGUGAUGCUGUCCAACAAGGUUGGAGACAUGGAGCUGAACCACCGAGCCAUUGUCACCAUGGGAGACACUUUGGCCAGCAAGGGAUCAGUCGAAGCAGCUCAUUUCUGCUACCUGAUGGCAGAUGUUCCUUUUGGUUACUUUGGAUCAAAGGCAGAUCGCAUGGCCCUGCUGGGCAGCAGCCACCGCCAGGAGUUUUCCAGGUUUGCCAGGACAGAGGCCAUCCAGAGGAUGGAAAUCUUCGAGUACUGCCAGCAGCUACGACAGCCUGAAUCCUUCCUGCUCCCUUUCCAGCUGGCUGAGAGGCUGAAGCUCUGUGACCCUCUGCUCCUGGAGAUGCCAGAGCAGGAGCAGGCACUGGAGCCCGACUGGCUGGAGCAGCUCCGAGCCUGCUGCCGGGAGUGGGAGGUGGAAGAUGAUCUUCCUCCAGAGGUGGCACCCACUCAGCUGGAGCUGCCCUGUGCUGUUCUGCCAACAGCAGAUGAAGAGCCUGGCAAUGAGAUUCCCCAGAGUGAAAGCUACCAGUAUGACCAGUGGUUUGAGCCUGUGCCAUCCCAGGGACAGAGCUCCCAGGAGGAUGUGUCCCUCAGGUCCCCAGCACCUGCUCAGGUCGUGGCAUCACCGCUGCCCAGCGUGGGGAGAGACCUGCAGCCCCCUGUGCCUGGCCAAGAGACACGUCCCCCUCUGGGAGGGGAUUCUGCUGAGCCCCCUCCACAGACACCGCUGCCAGCAGGAGAAGGUGGGGAGCCCUGGGGUGCCAGGCUGUCCCCUGGAGGGGUGCAGCCAACCCUCCCCUCAGAGCAGGAGGAGUUACUGACCAGGGUUCGGACUCCCUCGGAGACCUCCACUGUCUCCCUGGGGGACAGUGCAGAUGAGGAUCCUGCCGAGGAGCAGGCAGAGGCCAUGGAGCCAGAGGAGGACAAGAGCUCUGGAUUCAGGUGGUUUGGCUGGUUUCGGUCGAAACCCACCAAGGAAACUUCUCCCAAAGCUGAGUCUGAGACAGGCUCAGACUCUCCCACAGCAGGACCACAGGAGCAGAGGUCACCAUCCCCACCCAUAGCCCCUCUGGCAGAUGGGACAAACCCUUUGGCUCAGCCUCUCUCCAGAAAUCCUGGAGGAAUGCAGGGUGAGAGUACCUUUGCUGUUAGUCCAGUGUCUGCAGAGGUGAAAGGCUCGUGGGAGAAGGAUGGAAGGCAGUCAGCAGGACAGCAGGCCGGCUACCCCGGACCUCUCCCACCAUUGGCUUCAAUUCCUCUCUUCAACCCUGCCCAGGUCCCUCAGCUUCCUGCCCGACCCACCCAGCCCAGGCUGCUUUCCCGGCAUCGCUACCCCAACCCACUGUGAGGCAGACACCAAUCGCACAAAGUUUUUUUAACCAAAAUGGCAUUUGUGGUUAUUUUGGAUGGGGUAGCAGUGGUUGGCCUGGUUGGUGGAGGGUGUUGUAAAAUAAGGCAGAGUUUUCUGGAUUUAAAAGUCAAUAAAUGGGGGGCAUGAGGCUGGGAGGGAGGUGAGUAAUUUGGCAAUCCAGGUGGGAACACAUGCCUCUACCUUCCUCUUCCACAAAAUUUAGGUCUGGUUUACCUAUCUCAUUGUUCCUGUCCCUUAUGUGUAGUUCCUGAAGUCCAGUGCAAUAUUUCUUUUUAGCUUUCUUUGCUAACAUGUAGGUAUUUAUACACAGAUAUUUUAAUGAAGUCCCCCCUCUUCACUCACUCAGCCUUUCCGCAUGAGCGAGAUGCUCCUUGAUGAUCUUCGUUGCCCUCUGCUGGGCUCCAGGUUUGGGGUGUUGAAAUCAGUAAUAAAUAGGGGGAGGAGUGGAACAUUGAGGUGUCUGGGGGUGGUGAGGAGGGUAGAAAUGGGGGUGGGAGUGUUAAAAAUAGGUCAGAAACUGUUGUAAAGUAGUUGAUAAUUGUUAAGUAUGCACUGUUGUAAAGGGGUUAAAAGGGUAGUUUUAAGAAAUACGGUACUCAGCGUACCAUAUUGCACCUAAGUAAAGUGCACCAUCCUCCCAGCGGCACCAGCCAGCCUGGACAGAAGUGGGGCAAGCAAGGACCUUAAGCCUCCAUAGAAAUGAAGGAUCCAAACAGAAACCAAUCCGAAGGGAAAAAAACAAAACAAAACAAACAAAAACAAAAACAAACAAAUAAAAAAAACAGGAUAAAA